AUUUCAAAGUAGUCGAAAUUACCAGUUAGCGCUCAGUUCUGGGUUUUUGAAUUCUUGUAAAUGUCGACGUCUGACUCUCUGAGCCGCCGUGGUGGACCUUCGGGUGGAGUUAGCCCCAAUUCAGAGGAACCAGCUUUUGAAGACGAAUCCGCUGCCAUAUUAGGUGAUGAUAAUCUUGAUGAGGAAGAGGAAUCUGGAGAGAAUUUAUUCGGUGAUGACAUGGAACGGGAUUACCGUCCCAUUCCGGAGCUUGACGUCUAUGAGGCAGAAGGUCUUGCUGAUCCAGAUGAAGACCUGGAGGAAUUAUCACCGAAUGCUCGAGCUGAAGCUGAACGUGAAAUGAGACGACGCGAUCGUGAGCGUCUACUUGCAACUGGUGGACUCCGACGUGAUUUUAUAGCCGAUUUGUAUGGUGCAGAGGAUGAAGAAGAAAUAAUCCCUGCGCGCCGCAGGCGUAUUGCAGAGAGAGUCGCUGCUGGUGAUGAUGGUGAUCUAGAGCCUGAAGGUGUGUUGGAAAGUAUUGAAAACCUGGAGGACAUGAAGGGGAUGUCCGUCGUUGAGUGGGUUCAGCAACCUGUCACUCGUCAAGAAAUCAAAAAUCGUUUUAAAGCCUUUCUCAGGACGUUUUUGGACGAAGUCGAUAGGAAUGUGUAUGCCGAGCGAAUAGUACAAAUGGCAAGAGAAAAUAAACAUAGUUUGCACAUCGACUACCAGCACCUGGCGUCGGCAGAACAAGUCCUAGCAUAUUUUCUGCCAGAGGCCCCUCAACAUGUCUUAGAAAUCUUUGAUGAGGCUGCUCGUGAGGUCACACUGACUCGAUUCCCCCGCUACGACAGGAUCACUAACCGGGUUCAUGUUAGAAUAAACGACCUUCCUCUCAUUGAAGACCUGCGUUGUCUCCGCCAUUUUCAUCUUAACCAGCUUAUCCGAACAUGUGGAGUUGUUACAAGCAGUUCUGGUGUUCUACCUCAGUUGAGCGUAGUGCGUUACAACUGUACAAAAUGUGGAUGUCUUUUGGGCCCAUACGUUCAAAACCAAACGGGAUCCGAAGUUAAACCUUCUACCUGUCCAGACUGCCAGUCAAGUGGCCCAUUCGAACUAAACAUGGAACAGACCAUUUACAAAAAUUAUCAACGUAUCACUCUUCAAGAAAGUCCAGGAAAGGUACCAGCAGGCCGUCUUCCUAGGUCUAAAGACGCUAUUCUUCUUGAUGAUCUGGUUGACAGCUGCAAACCAGGGGAUGAGAUAGAGUUAACUGGUAUAUAUACACAUAGCUAUGAUGGAUCACUUAAUACCAAGCAUGGUUUUCCAGUCUUUGCAACUGUCAUACUAGCGAACAACGUCGUACGCAAAGAUGACAAGGUCGCUGUAGGAACAUUAACUGAUGAGGAUACGAGAGCAAUCUUGAAACUUUCACGUGAUGAAAGAAUUGGUGAUCGAAUUUUCGCUAGCAUAGCUCCAAGUGUGUAUGGUCAUGAUGAUAUUAAACGUGGCAUUGCUCUGGCACUUUUCGGCGGUGAACCUAAAAAUCCUGGAGGUAAACAUAAGGUUCGAGGUGACAUAAAUGUUCUCCUCUGUGGUGAUCCGGGGACUGCCAAAUCUCAGUUCCUUAAGUGUGUUGAACAGCUUGCUCCGAGGAGUGUUUUUACAACUGGCCAGGGAGCGAGUGCAGUUGGUCUGACAGCGUACGUUACUCGCAGUCCAAUGAGUCGGGAGUGGACUUUAGAAGCUGGUGCUCUUGUUCUUGCAGAUCGUGGUGUAUGUUUAAUUGACGAGUUCGACAAGAUGAAUGACCAGGACCGAACAUCUAUACACGAAGCCAUGGAACAACAGAGCAUUUCAAUAAGUAAGGCAGGUAUUGUUACAAGCCUGCAAGCAAGAUGUACUAUCAUUGCCGCUGCUAAUCCUAUCGGUGGUCGUUAUGAUCCUACUCUGACAUUUUCCGAUAAUGUUGAUCUAAGCGAACCAAUUUUGAGUCGUUUCGACGUUCUCUGCGUUGUUCGCGAUGCAGUUGAUCCUAUUCAAGAUGAAAUGCUUGCUCGCUUUGUUGUUGGGAGUCAUAUGCGUCAUCAUCCUAAUUUGACGCCCGAGGAGCGUGUCCAGUUGAAUGAUCAAUUAGCAGAACGUGGUGUUCCUCGAAGCGGUUCCUACGCAGACAUCCAACCACUAGAUCAGGAAUUGUUAAAAAAAUACAUUAUUUAUGCAAAAGACCGUAUUCAUCCGAAGCUCAAUCAAAUGGAUCAAGACAAGGUCGCAGCGGCUUAUGCUGAUCUAAGACGUGAAUCUAUGGUAACUGGUAGCUUACCAAUAACUGUUCGACACAUUGAGUCAUUAAUCCGUUUGUCUGAAGCACACGCUCGUUUGCAUUUGCGAGAGUUCGUUAAUGAGGAUGAUGUCAAUAUGGCUUUACGUGUCAUGUUGGAGUCGUUCGUGUCUACUCAAAAAUUCAGUGUCAUGAAGUCAAUGCGACAGACUUUCUCACGAUUCCUGAGUUAUCGUCGAGAUAACCAAGAACUACUAUUGUUCUUACUUAAGCAGCUAGUCCAAGACCGUUUGGCUUUCGAACGUGUUCGACAUGCUGGAAGUCAAGAGUGGCGCAUUGAAAUCACUGAGCGAGAAUUUUCUGAGCGAGCCAAACAGAUAAACAUUAGUUCUGUUCGUGCAUUCCUACAAAGUGACCUUUUCAAAUCACAUCAUUUUGUGUAUGAUGCCAGUCGGAAAGUAAUCGUUCAUACGGUGUAAACGACAAUGAAUUGGUGCUGAACUAGAUUCUCGCUUUAUACAGCUGACAUUAUUGUGCAUCUGUAUAUUAUUUUUUAAAAUACUGACCUGUUUUAUUUACAGAAUAUAUAUUACCUGCUUCUAUUUUAUCAAAGUCUGUUUCAUCAUGGUCUUAUGAUUGUUUUAAAGUACAAUUAUCUGUACAUCUCAUUGUUUUUUUAUGCUAGGAAAAUAAAUUUCUGAUCACUAA